AUCUCUGCUGCCACCGUUAUCAGAGUGUGGUAUCUUUGCGUGCGUCUGUGUGGCUCUCGCAGUGGCAGAGUCUGUGUUUCUCCUUCCCAAAACCCCACCUCACUUUUCUGCUUCUGAUUUUAUGAUUUUCGGGAUUUCUGCUUUUCUGGUUCGGUAAGUUCUUCCUGAAAUGCUGUGCUGUCUGUCUCUGCUGAACAGUUGCUGCUGAGUUUGAAAUUGGCUGAAUGAGCUUCCAUGCCUUCACUUGCAGAGAUUGCUGCUGCACAGCCUGCCUUCCAAAAUCAUCUCGGUACACUCAGGGCUCAAACCCCUGUUUAUGGUAAAGUAAUUUCAAGUCCAUUCGCCUUUGGAAAUGACAAGAAACUGUCAUCUGCUUGGAAACUCCCUCAUAUAUCUAUAAAAUUGAGCUUCAACUUGGGGCGCAUUAACGUCCCAAAGGGUAGUCUCCGGAUCAAGGCAGUUGCUACUCUUGAAUCCAAAAGUUUGGUUCAGAAUGAGAAUGCACACGCGGGUUACAACGGUUCACAGUUGGGCAGGGAGUCCAGUCCCCUGGCAGGUCAGCUCGAGCCUUCAAGUGAUGAUUCCGAAGAAUUGGAUGAUAGGGAGAAGUUAAGGCGAUUGAGGAUUUCCAAUGCUAUUAAAGGAAGCACGCCAUGGAACAAAGGCCGAAAGCACAGUCCUGAAACCCGUCAGCUGAUCAAAGAGAGAACAAGGCUUGCAAUGCAGAAUCCUAAGGUCAAAAUGAAGUUGGUGAAACUUGGACAUGCUCAAAGUGAAGAGACAAGAGUUAAAAUCGGGCUUGGAGUGCGAAUAGGGUGGCAAAAACGGCGUGAGAAGCUAUCAUUGCAGGAACAUUGCUGCUAUGACUGGCAGAACUUAAUUGCUGAAGCCUCUAGACAAGGAUACGACGGUGAAGAGGAACUGCAAUGGGAUAUCUACAAGAUCUUAGAUGAAAAGCUUACAGAGGAGUAUAUAGAGAGGGUCGAGCAAAGGAAAAUUAUGCGUAGGCCAAAAGGAAGCAAGAGAGCACCCAAGUCUCUUGAGCAAAGAAGGAGGAUUUCACAAGCAAUCUCUGCAAAAUGGAACGAUCCUAAUUAUCGCGACCGUGUUUGCUCUGCAUUGGCAAAAUAUUAUGAUGCAUCGUAUGGACCCGAAAGAAAGCCAACGAAGAAGCCAAGUGGUAGUACAGAGUCCACGAGAAGGGUACCUGCAAAGAAAAUGGUCAGUGAGAAAAACAAUUUCUCUAGUGGCGAGCUUAAAAUCCAAAAGCAACGACUGAGGUUGAGAAGUAAAGCACCCAUGUACAAGGAUCCUCUCGCGAGUUCUAAGAUGGAGAUGAUAAAGAAUAUCAGAGCACAAAGAGCAGCUGCUGAAACCGAAAAAACUGAAGCCGUAGAAAGAGUUAGGUUAUUGAUCGCAGAAGCUGAGAAGGCAGCUAUGGCCCUUGAGGUUGCUGCAACAAAGAGCGCUGUUGCUCGAGCUUCCUUCAUUGAAACCCGACAGCUUAUAGCUGAGGCAAUUCAAUUGAUUGAAUCUGUUGAGACGGCACAGAUUUCUUCCUCCGAGAAUGAAGAUCCUUCAGUUACAUCAGAUGAAGCGAUUACUCAGGACGAAAAGGAAGCAUGUACUGGGGUUGGGGAACUGACUGAAGCAGAUAGUGGAAGGGUAAAUGGCACCCGAACUUCGUCCUCCCAUGAGAAUGAAAACCCUAUAUUUGCAUCAUAUGAAGUGAUUACUGAGGGUGGGGAGGAACCAUGCACCGCGGUUGCAGGUCAGACUGAAGCGGGUAAUGUAAAGACAAAUGGCACGAAAACCUUAUCGAGUACAAACGAGGACUCCACCUUUGGCAACUUCACAUCGGAGUAUAUGGUAGAUGCCGAAGAGGACCUUUCCCCAUUGCAGGAUAUGCUUAAUGUUCUCGAGGACCCUGCCCCGUUGGAGGAUAUGCUCAAUAGUGAAGAGGACCUUCCCCGACUGAGUACCAGCGGCUAUGGUUUGCCUCCGUUUGGUUUUGAGGAGCUAAUAAAGCAAUCGGAUGUGAGAAAUGAACCCAACCAGUUAGAACCAAAUGGGGACGGUGAGUGCAGCAAGAAGCUUCAACUCAAUGGGACGAAAGUUCAAUCCAAAGAAGAGGAAACGCCUUGUAAACCAGUGACCGGCGCUACUAAAAAGUGGAUUCGCGGGAGGCUUGUUGAAGUAGGAGAAGAAGCUUAAUGCCAAGAAAGGAAACAGAACAAACUGUACUGCAGCUGUUCUCCCUCAGUUUAUGAAUGGCCCCAAUUUUUCAACACCCUCA